UAUAACGGAUCUUUUCAGUAUCUGGAAUAUCCUGUUCCUGAUUCCUCUGGUGCAAACGUAUUUUCUCUGUCCUCCCUUUUUACCAGUUUUUCCGCAGUGACAUAUUAUCUGGCAGAAGUUUGGACAUUUCAAGGGAUCUGUAUGGAUCCAGCUUGACCCGUAACAGUGUGGAGGACUCUUUACAGACGGUUUUAGGUGGAAAGCAUAUUUCCUGGUUCGUUUCUCAAGAGGUACCAGGAGAAAAAAAUGUCCUUAACGUCCGUCUGGCACUCCCCUGAGCGUAAUCGCACAAACAUUUCUGUUCGAACAUGUAAACUGAGCUGCUUUUUACAAACCUUCCAGCUUGGUUGCCAGCUUGCGGGAUAUGUCGUGUUUUCUGUGGGAACUCACCGUAGGAACAACAGUAAAUAACCUGACGGGAUGGAACCUCAGGUAGAGGAGGAUCCGCCUCCAAACGGAGGCCGGUCAGACAGCCGUCUUCAGAGCAAGAAGCCGCCCAGCCUUGUGAUCGCCAUCCCUCCACCUGAGCAGAUGUCUGAUCCUCCUCCCUUACCGCGUCCAAGGACCCUUCAAAGCACCGCCCUUUUAGAUGGAGGUGGGUCUACCAGGCAACGAAGAGCCAAGUUUGGUAGACAGACGUCGCUGUCCCAGAGCAUACGAAGGAACACUGCCGAGUGGUUCGGGGUGGGGGACGACUGUGAGACUCAGCAGCAGCUAUGGCACAGGAGGAGCAUCCGUCACUGCAGCCAGCGCUACGGCAAGCUGAAGACCGAGUACAGGGAGGCGGAGACGGCCUCCAGCAUGGACCAGAGUUUGGACUCACCGGCCGGACACAGGUUCCCCAAAAUCGUGGACCCCCUGGCGCGGGGACGACCUUUCCGGACCCCAGAUGAGCCGGACGGGCGCUCCCCGAGGACGCCCCAUUCCAUGCAGGGGGGUCCUUUCACUCCAGGGGUCACCUCGCUCAGCUCCUUCACCAGCUACAGCCGCUUCUCCAAGCGGAAGAGGGAGUCGGUUGCCCGCAUGAGCAUCAGGGCCGCUUCCAACCUGCUGAGGGGGCGCAGCGGCCUGGCGGGGUCGCAGACCGCCCGAAGUUUCCCCCGGAAGAGCUUCCUCCAGCACGGCUUCACGGGAGAGGACACCGUGGACUCUGCAGACACGUCUGCAUCCGUUUUCUUCAGCAGGGCUGAUGUCCACGAUGAUUACUCUAUGGCCGAUGAAGUGUUUGAUUCCCCUCCCUUGUCUGCCAAUUUAGGUCCAUCUCAUGAGCCUGCCCACCUCAGUAAGGGCGACUUCGUGACCCCCAGAUCACUGAGUGUGCCGGCAGAACCAAGUCAGCAUCGGCGAGGUCGGCGAAUCGCUUCCCAGGUGAAGCACUUUGCCUUCGACAAGCCGAAGCGUCAGUACGGCAUGGGCGUGGUGGGGAAGUGGCUGAACCGGCAUUACAAAAACAGCCUCAGCAGCAACGUCCAGAAGCAGCUGGACGAUUUCCACAGCCACAGGCCCUACUUCACUUAUUGGGUUACGUUUGUCCACAUAGUUAUCACACUUCUGGCCUGCUGCACUUAUGGCUUUGCCCCUGUGGGGUUUUCACAGCAUUCGACAACAGAUCUGGUGCUAAUGACCAAAGGCGUUUAUGAAAGCGUCAAGUUCGUCCAGCAGGAGAACUUUUGGAUUGGUCCGGGUUCGGAGGAUCUGAUCCACUUGGGGGCUAAGUUCUCCCCCUGCAUGCGGAAGGACGCACAGAUAGUCAAAUUGAUCCAAAAUGCCCAAAACCUUGAGAGGGAGUCUGGCUGCUGUGUUCAGAACGAUAACUCUGGAUGUGUGCAGACGCAAAGCAACGACUGCUCUGACAUGCUGGCAACCUUUAUCAAGUGGAGAAAUGAAACGGUGGACUUUAAUAGGUCGUCAGGGGCCGUCUGUCAUCAGGAUCCCAGAGUCUGCGAUGAGCCCGCCUCUUCCAAGACGAUCAAGAUUCACAUGUGGCCAGACGACAUCACCAAGUGGCCGAUCUGCACAAUACCCACGACGUUUAUCAAAACAGGCUUCAGACACUUGGACUGUAACAUCAUAGGCCGGCCUUGCUGCAUAGGAACUAAGGGCAGAUGUGAGAUCACAACUAGAGAGUACUGCUCCUUCAUGCACGGUUACUUCCACGAAGAGGCCACACUGUGCUCACAGGUCCACUGUCUGGAUGAAGUGUGCGGCCUGCUGCCUUUCCUCAACCCAGCCAUCCCCGAUCAGGUCUAUCGACUCUGGCUGUCCCUCUUCCUCCAUGCCGGGUUGCUGCACUGUGUGGUGUCGGUGGUGUUCCAGAUGACCAUCCUGAGGGACCUGGAGAAGCUGGCCGGUUGGGGCCGCAUUUCUGUGAUCUACAUCCUCAGCGGCAUCACUGGGAACCUGGCAUCGGCCUUGUUUCUGCCUUACAGGGCUGAGGUGGGUCCCGCCGGCUCUCAGUUCGGACUCCUGGCUUGCCUCUUCGUGGAGCUCAUUCAGGGCUGGCAGAUUCUGGAAAAGCCCUGGAAAGCCUUCCUCAAGCUCCUGGGCAUCGUGGUCUUCCUCUUCCUGUGCGGCCUCCUGCCGUGGAUCGACAACAUCGCGCACAUCUUCGGCUUCCUCAGCGGCCUGCUGCUCUCCUUUGCCUUCCUGCCUUACAUCAUCUUCGGGACCUUCGACAAGUACAGGAAGCGCAUCAUGAUCGUCAUCUCCAUGCUGGUCUACGUCGGGCUGUUCGCCUCGCUCAUCAUUUGGUUCUACAUCUACCCCAUCAACCUGAACUGGCUGGAGUAUCUCACCUGCCUCCCUUUGACCAGCAAGUUCUGUGAAAAGUACGACAUUGACCACGACAUCGAUCACGUGCACAAAUGAGGUCGUCUUUGUGGCCUUCAGAGAACACGACAAUCACGUUUUUUCUUCUUAUUGUUCGCUCAUGAGGGAUCCGCCCAAAGAGAAUCAAACGGGAUCUUUCUUCUCGACGGCCUGCAGAUGCACUAACCUCCUCUGAACCACUAAUCCUCAGUCGGGUCUGGUACCGUCUGGAACCGAGCGGCUUCCCUGAGGCCCGGAAGAGACGCAAAGAACAUCAAAAAUCCGCUUCUUCCUGGUCUCUACUUGGACGCAUCGCUUCAAUCCGUUCUGCUGCUCGUCCUGGUUUCAUGGUCGACUUGGAGAGCGCUAAACGCGACCGUUUGUCUUGAAUGUGAAGGUGCGGCGGGAAACAUCAGCGCUCGGUGAGAUCACCGCCCAAAUCCCAACUCGCUGCCUUAAUCAGACUCCGGCUGUGGUUCUCUCUGAAGCGCGUUUGCGUUGAACCAUCACAGCUGCACGGGUUCAGUCUGACCACAGAACAGCCAUGAAUGAGUUGGUUUCUUUUUCCUUCCCUUCCACUCUCGGUCUUGACGCUGUCGGAUCGUCUCCCUGACGACGGGAUCAAACCCACCUUAGCAUGAAAAAAACCCAGACAAGUGGAAGGUUUGUUCUCCCGUUUGACCCCAGCUGACCGCAGAAAUGUUGUUUGUGGGAUUAAGAGGGUUUAGUUACUGUGUGAGAUUAUGUCAGUCAGUCAGUCAGUCAGUGGGGCGGAGGCCUCUGAGAACAGCAGAGGCUGAGAAACCCCCCUGAAUCUGUAGUUGGAACAGCUGAAGAUGCCUUUUCACACCGUCCCGACUCCGUGAGGCAGCUGCACUGCUCCGCCUGCAUUUGGACCAAAUAAUCCCCAUUUUUUUCUAAUUUUUUGACAAAAAGGGAAAGUGUCAAACGAACUUCAGGUAUUUGGCAAAGCACUGUUGUGCUCUUGCCUGAGUUUUCUAUGUGACAUGCAAGUUUUAAAGCAAUCAUAUCAAAAUAAAUACUCUGGAAGAAAAA